CCAUCACUGCUUAAUCUGCAAAAAUGUCUGACAAACCAGAUAUGGCUGAGAUUCAGAAAUUCAAUAAGUCUAAAUUGAAGAAGACAGAAAUACAAGAGAAAAAUCCACUGCCUUCAAAAGAAACAAUUGAACAGGAGAAGCAAGCGGGUGAAUCAUAAUGAAAUCUGCCCUGCCAAUAUGCACUGCACAUUCCACAAGCACUGCCUUCUUCAUU